AAACGUUUUCAAAGCGAACCGAAACUUCACGAAAGCCCAUGAUAGUUCUAGCAUCGUACCUUUGGCAGUCUCUGCGCGUGGUAUAUUUUUAAUAGAGUGAUUACAUACAUAUAUAUAAAGGAUCGUAUAGAUUCAAUUUUCAGUCUGUUUGAACCUGUCUGCGUUCGCCCAUCGCGAAAUUUAAUUGCCAACGCAAGAAUCGAGGGAACUGUCCAAUUGUCAACGUUGAUCGAUCAUGUCGCAGCAAAAUUCGGGACCUGUAGCUGAUGUAGAGGUGAGAAGCACGGCGACGUUCAAAGUUCUUCAAAAUGACAAAGUCGGAAGGUACAUGGUGGCCAACAAGGAAUUGGCAGCAGGCGAGGAAAUCGUCACUGAAAUGCCAUUUGUGGUCGGCCCAAAGGCAUUCACUUAUCCCUUAUGUCUUUCCUGUUACACACCUUGGCCGUCUACGGCCGACAAAACGCUUUGUUCUAAAUGCGGGUGGCCAGUUUGCUCCGCGGAAUGCGAGAACCAGCCCCAGCACAAAGAUUACGAAUGUCAGAUAUUCGUAGAAGCGAAUGAGAAGUUCAACGCGUCAGCGGCUUUGGAAGAGACUAAUCCGAACGGAGUCCCUCAGUUGGAGUGUGUAACGCCGUUGAGGCUGCUCUUGGAGUCUGAGAGGAAUCCUGAAAGAUGGAACAAAGAGGUGAGAGACAUGGAGGCCCAUAAUAAAAUAAGGAGCCAAAAGGAACAUUGGAAAUCGGAUCAUGUGAACGUUGUGGAAUAUUUGAGAAAGAGACUCAAACUGGAAAGAUUCUCAGAGGAACGCAUUCAAACAGCCUGUGGAAUUUUGGAAAUAAAUACUUUCGAAGUUCGAACAGCGAACGGAUUCAGCGCCAGGGCUCUCUAUCCAACAGUUGCACUAAUGAAUCACUCUUGUGUCUCCAAUACAUGCCACAGUAUUUCUCCAACGGAUUACAGAAUACGGUUGCGCACCACGUUAAAAGUUCCACCGGGUGGUGAACUGUAUGGCAGUUACACACAUUCAUUAUUGCCGACGAUGCUAAGGAGAGAACACCUUCUCGAAGGGAAACAUUUCGCGUGCGCUUGCCCGAGAUGCUCGGACCCAACUGAGCUUGGAACUCACAUGUCUUCGUUAAAGUGUAACAAGUGUGAUAAUGGAAUCGUGUUAUCUCUGGACUCUCUAGAUCCUGAUAGCUCCUGGAAAUGCACUCACUGUGAAUUUACAACCAGUGGAGCAGCCGUUCGAAAAGUGCUGCAAAUUAUACACGCGGAUGUUGAGGCAGUGGAGGCAAUCAGUGGAGCAGAUGGAGCUGACGCCAUUCAGCAAAGAGAAACGGUCAUGAAAAAGUACCACUCUGUUCUGCAUCCCCGUCAUGCUUUCAAUACCAUGUUAAGGCAUUCGUUAACACAGAUGUAUGGUCGUGUUGAUGAGUACCUCCUAGAUGAUCUACCAGACAUCGUAUUGGAGCAUAAAAUUGAUAUGUGUAAGUUACUGCUGCAGGUAUUGGAUGUUGUCGAGCCUGGCCAUUCCCGUAUAAGAGGAAUGACGUUGUACGAGCUCCAUGCACCGCUGCUUUUCAUCGCCAAAACGCAAUGGAACGCCGGAGUGAUCGACGAAGCUGCAUUGAAAUCAAAAAUGAUCGAAGCAUCAGAAAUCUUGAAGGAAUCAGCGAUGAUCUUGAGCCUGGAGCCACCGGAUACGCCUGAAGGGCAAAUAGGUCUCGUCGCGAAAGAAUCGUUGGUCCAACUCGAGCAAUCGAUCAGUGAUUUAUAAAUAUUUAUUGUAAAUAUACCAUUAUUUGUAUGAAUGUAUUUAUUUGUUAAUAAAUGAACAAGA